CUGAAAUUUUUAUAAUCGUUUCUUUUGAUCAGUAACUAUCAUCAGUAGCAAGGAUGUCAAUUUCUUCUACUUAUUUUCCAAAUGAGCCAACAGCUCCAAUUAUUAAAACAUCUGAAUUUCCAGGUGAAAAAUCCAAGGCUGACAUUAAGAGCUUAAAUAAAGUAUUUGAUUCAAGAUCUGCUUAUUUUGUUUCUGACUAUGAAAAGUCAGUUGGUAAUUAUUUAGUUGAUUCUGAUGGUAACACUUAUUUAGAUGUUUAUGCUCAAAUUGCUUCUAUUCCAUUGGGUUAUAAUAAUCCAGCAUUAAUUGAAGUUGCAAAAUCUGAUAAAAUGAUCAGAGCAAUUGUUGAUAGACCAGCUCUUGGUAAUUUCCCAGGUAAAGAUACUGAAGAAAUUAUUUCCGAAAUUUUGAAAAUAGCUCCAAAGGGUCAAGAUAAAGUUUGGUCUGGUUUAUCUGGUGCUGAUGCUAAUGAAUUGGCCUUCAAAGCUGCUUUCUUCUGGUACCAAUCUAAAAAGAGAGGAUAUUCUACUCCUUUUUCUAAUGAAGAAAAUGUUUCUGUUAUGGAAGGUCAAGCUCCAGGUUCUCCUGAAUUAGCUAUUUUAUCAUUCAGACGUGCUUUCCAUGGUAGAUUAUUUGCUUCUGGUUCUACGACUAGUUCCAAACCAAUUCAUAAAUUAGAUUUACCAUCUUUCAAUUGGCCAAAAGCUGAUUAUCCAUCAUAUAAAUACCCAUUAGAUCAAAAUGAAGAAUAUAAUAAGGAAGAAGACAAGAGAUGCUUAGCCAUUGUUGAUGAAUUAUUUAAGACUUGGAAAGUUCCUAUUGCUGGUCUUUUAGUUGAACCAAUUCAAUCUGAAGGUGGUGAUAACCAUGGUUCAGCUGAGUUCUUCCAAGGUUUAAGAGAUAUUACCUUGAAAUACGGAGCACUUUUAAUUAUAGAUGAAGUUCAAACUGGUGUUGGUGCUACUGGUACUUUAUGGGCUCAUGAUCAUUUUAACCUUUCUCCACUUCCAGAUAUUGUAACUUUCUCCAAAAAAUUCCAAUCUGCUGGUUACUAUUUCCAUGAUCCAGAAAUUAUUCCAAACCAACCAUAUCGUCAAUUCAAUACAUGGUGUGGUGAUCCAGCUAGAAUCAUUUUAGCUGGUGCUAUUGGUAAGGAAGUUCUCAAGCAUGACUUACCAGCUUUAAACAAGAAAGUUGGUGCUUACUUAUUCGGUAAGUUAGAGGCUUUACAAAAGAAAUAUCCAAAAUACCUUCAACAAUUAAGAGGUAAAGAUAGAGGUACUUUUAUUGCUUGGUCUUUAGAUGAUGCUGCCGCAAGAAAUAAAUUCUUAGCUGAUAUGAAGACUGUAGGUGUCAACAUUGGUGGAUGUGCUGAAGAAUCAGUUAGAUUAAGACCAACCUUAGUAUUCGAAGAAAAGCAUGCCGAUAUUUUGGUUGAUGCUAUCGACAAAGUCUUAUCUUCUUACUGAUCUUUGUAGCACUUAAAAAUAAUAUAAUUUAAUAUGAUAUGUAUGUAAUUUAGGGCAAUAAAUUUUUUUCGCAGCAAUAUCUAGCGUGUAAA